CAAAAGUUGCCUAAAAUGGUGGUUUGUUGGAGGUCAAAGUCAAAACCCCAACCCAUAAAUUAGAAUACCAAAACUGAAAAUCCAACCCAAAAGGCCUCAGCUCUCUCCCUAAACAUGGUUUUUCAAGCCGAGGGCGAGGGGUUGGUUUCUUGUAAUUGUAUUCUUCCACCUCCAUGCUUAUUCAUCUCUUUCCCUGCAAGAAACAAAGAUUAAAACUUUGUUUUUAAAUAAUAAAGAGAACCAAUUUAUUGCUCCCAAUCCCCCACCCCCUCUCUCUCUCUCCUCUCUUCUUUCUCUCUCUACCCCUCUCUUUCUCUCUCUUCAUUCUUUCGAUCUAACCCUUUCCACGCUUCUGACAACUUUUUUUCUGUCAGAACAUUCCAAAUCCGUUUCAUUGGUUCUCAGUCUAAUCCAAAUAAAAAUGUUCUUCUGAGCUCUCGGAUGGUAAUUGAAUUGUGGUGGUCUUAUAGACAAAGGGCCAGAAGAAUCCCCCUCCAAGGCUCCAACAUAUAUUGAAAACAAGUUUUGUAAUUGUAGGGAAGCUAGAGGCGGCGCCAGGAUUAGUUCUUGUUCACAACAAUGACUCGUUGAAUAAUUUAAUCCCGGGCCAUUUGGUUGAGAAUAUGUAAGGGAUGGUAUCAGCUAAGUUAAUGAGGCUUGUGUCACCUUGCUGGAAACCUUCUGUCGAGGGUGAAAAUUCUAAUAGGGGGGACGUGAGUGGUCGAAUUGAUGGUUUGUUGUGGCAUAAAGAUUCAGGACGUCAUGUUAAUGGAGAUUUCUCAAUGGCAGUAAUUCAAGCAAACAACUUGUUGGAAGACCAUAGCCAACUAGAAUCAGGGCCAUUGAGCUCACUCGACUCGGGUCCUCAUGGAACAUUUGUUGGAAUUUAUGAUGGACACGGAGGUCCAGAAACAGCCAGGUUUUUAAAUGAACGUCUGUUCAAUAACAUCAAGACUUUCCGUGGUGCAGAGUUCACAUCAGAGAAUCAGGGAAUGUCUGCUGAUGUUAUCACGAAAGCAUUUUUGGCAACCGAAGAGGAGUUCCUCUCUCUAGUAAAGAAGCAGUGGACAAUCAAGCCACUGCUUGCUUCUGUUGGUGCAUGUUGUUUGGUAGGCAUAGUAUGUAGUGGGCUGCUAUACAUAGCAAAUGCGGGGGAUUCUCGUGUGGUGCUAGGAAAACUGGAAAAGACCGUUAAACAGGUAAAAGCGGUUCAGCUAUCGAUUGAGCACAAUGCAAGUUAUGAAUCUGUGAGAGAGGAGUUGCGCUCGUUGCAUCCCGAUGAUCCACAGAUUGUGUUAUUAAAGCACAAAGUGUGGCGCGUGAAGGGUUUGAUACAGAUUUCAAGAUCCAUCGGUGAUGCCUACCUAAAGAGGCAAGAAUUUAACAAAGAACCUCUAUUGGCAAAGUUCAGAUUAUCACAACCCUUCAACAAGCCGAUCCUUAAAGCUGAGCCAACAAUAUUAGUCCAAAAACUCUACCCUGAAGAUCAGUUUCUCAUAUUUGCAUCAGACGGCCUAUGGGAGCAGUUAAGCAAUCAGGAGGCAGUUGACAUUGUCCAGAGUUAUCCGCGUAAUGGUAGCGCAAGGAAACUUGUCAAAGCUGCACUUCGCGAAGCAGCGAAGAAGAGAGAAAUGAGAUAUUCGGACUUAAAAAAGAUAGACCGAGGGGUGAGGAGACAUUUUCACGACGACAUCACAGUGGUAGUUCUGUUCCUAGAUUCGCAUCUGGUCAGUCGUAGCUACUGCCACGGGCCUCUGCUAUCGGUUAAGGCAGCUGGUGGUGUCCCUGCUGGCACCUAGAUUUACGAGGUUCAAAUGCAUCUAUCCCUCAAACCCCCUGGUUUUCUUCACUUGUACUAAGAAACAAACGAAAGCUUUUGUUUUCUUUACAAAGAAGAGAGUUAAAGGCAGAUUUUGGGUCUUUUUUUUUUUUUUUUUCCUUUUCUUUUCAUUUUUCUUCUCUCUUCUGCUGAUGUAUAGCCGUGCUCUAUGGAUUUUUUUAUUUUUAUUUUUUAUAUUUUUAACUUUUACAUUUAAUGCCA